AUGUCUGCGUCGGGAACUAAGGAGACCUGCAUACUAGAGGACCCUAACGCCGUAGGGCACAUGGACGCGCUGUUCGACGUCCUACGGAAGCCUAAUAGCGGCACCAGCGCGGGGAGAAGCGCUAGCAGUAGGCGAAACUCCAGGUCCAACGGUGGUAACAGGACGGCCGCCUCGGCUGCCGCGGAGCUGGUGUGCGGAGGACCUACCGCGGACGCGGAGUUUUUACUGGACGCUCUGUUUGCCGUGGUCCAGACGGAUUCAGGCGGCGGGAGGUGUGGAGGGAGAGGAGGAGGGACGGGACGAGCUGCUGCAACGACAGCAAUGGCGAGAGGAGCUGGUGCUGCGAAGUCGUGGAAAGAGAGAAAGCUACCCGCGUCUUUCUUCGACGCUGGUGACGGUGCAUCCACCGGGCUGUCAGCGGGGAAAGAAGAGACGUUGGAUGCUGCUGAGGGUAUUGAAGAUGGAUCCCCCAUCCCUUCCCCUGAUUCAGAAUCCAGUAGGCAAGUCACUAACUCUUCCAGUCACCCCGGACUUGCUCAAUUGCCCGUGGUCCUUGUCAAUAAAAGUUCUACGGAGUCCCUUACUUUCUACAUAGAUAAACACCUUCAGUGCAGGGUAAACAUGGAGCCGGCUCUCGAGCGGCGACGAAGACUCGCCAGGGGCCGGGUCCAGAAAUAUCGCUCCAUGAAGAAACGCAGGAAACCAAGAAAGUCGGACGGUGAAUUGGGAGAUAACAGUGCAUCCUGUUCUUGAACCCACUGUCACACAAACACACACAGUAUACAUUAUUAUGCCGAGCAACAACAUUAUACAUCAUAGAG